CGCGCUCCCGCCUCCCACCCGGCACAAAGUUUCGCGGCAGGAACUCGGGCGGCAACAGUGCGGAGCCGGUGGCGCCGGAGCGCGGCCGCGCGGAGCCCCAGCGCCCCGGUGCCCGGCGGGGGCCGGCGGCGACCGUGCCAUGCGGGGCCCCCCCCCACCGGCGGCGGCGGGGCGGGCGGGCAGCGGCGCCCCAUGCGGCUGGGGCGGCCGGGCGGCGGCUGACACCAUGUGCGCCCGGUGCCCGGGGCGAGGAGCGGGGAGCAGCCAUGUCCCCCCCCGCCCAGCCGGGGGUGCCGGGCGGGCGCGGCUCUAAGGGGCCCCCGGCGCGGAAGCUCCUGUGCAUGUGCAGCCUCUCCCUGUGCCUCACCUACCUGUGCUACAGCCUGAUGGGGGGCACCGGCCCGGCCGCCCUGCGCUCCCCCGCCGCGCUCCCCGGCUCGGCGGCCCCCGGGGCCCCGCGCUCCCCCACCGCCUUCCCCGUCACGGCGGCCCCGCGCUCCGCCGGCAGCCCCCCGGGCAGCCCCGGCGCCCCGGGCCCCUCCGCCGCUCCGCCGCGGGCCUCCAACGGCAGCCGGGAAGGAGCGGCGGACACCUGGCUGCGGACGCAGCUGGCCCCCGGGGAGGUGAUCGCGGCGCAGAGCGGAGCCUUCGAGAGGGACCCGCAGGAGUCGAGCACCACGGACGAGGAGCUGAGCCGGGCCGGCAGCCCGGGCAGCCGCGGCGGCAGCAGCAGCACCACGCCGGACUACGGGGAGAAGCGGCUGCCGCAAGCCCUCAUCAUCGGGGUGAAGAAGGGGGGGACGCGGGCGCUGCUGGAGGCCAUCCGGGCGCACCCCGACGUGCGGGCCGUGGGCACCGAGCCCCACUUCUUCGACAGGAACUACGAGAAGGGGCUGGAGUGGUACAGGAACGUGAUGCCCAAGACGCUGGAGGGCCAGAUCACCAUGGAGAAGACCCCCAGCUACUUUGUGACCAACGAGGCCCCGCGGCGCAUCCACUCCAUGGCCAAGGACACGAAGCUGAUCGUGGUGGUGCGCAACCCCGUCACCCGCGCCAUCUCGGACUACACGCAGACCCUCUCCAAAAAGCCAGAGAUCCCCACCUUCGAGGUGCUGGCCUUCAAGAACCGGACCCUGGGGCUGAUUGAUGCCUCCUGGAGUGCUAUCCGCAUUGGGAUUUAUGCCCUGCACUUGGAAAACUGGCUCCAGUAUUUUCCCCUCUCCCAGAUCCUGUUUGUCAGUGGUGAGAGGCUCAUCACUGACCCAGCUGGGGAAAUGGCCAAGGUCCAGGACUUCUUAGGCCUCAAGAGGAUUGUGACAGAGAAGCAUUUUUAUUUUAAUAAAACGAAGGGGUUUCCCUGUCUAAAGAAGCCAGAGGACAGCAGCGCUCCCCGGUGCUUGGGCAAGUCCAAGGGUCGAACUCACCCCAAAAUAGACCCGGACGUCAUCCACAGACUGCGGAAGUUUUACAAACCCUUCAAUGUCAUGUUUUACCAAAUGACAGGCCAAGAUUUCCAGUGGGAGCAGGAAGAAAGUGAUAAGUAGAACCACAAAAUCAGGAAAAAAUAUUUUUUGUUUUUGGGAUGUGAAUCAUCAUUUGAGACCCAAAACUCUCUUGGGGCCAGAGGCUCAGCCCCAUGUGUAACAGGCUCUUGUGUUGCCAGGGCUGCAGCAGAAGUCCCACGUAUGCAGCUCUGGAACUGUAGUGGCCUGUCACCUCGGGCUGCACUCGGGCUCUCCCCACUGCAGCACUGGGGGUCAGGGGCAGGUGGGAGGAGGAGGAGGAGGCAGGGGGAGCACGGCUCCUCAGGUCGGUGGGGCACUUUGUGUCGACGUUUUGCUGCUGGUGUCCCCCUUGCAGCCAGGCAGGCAGGUCCAGACCUCCUGCCACAGCAAGCUGGCAAGAGGGUGGCUCCCAAAACCCAGCACUGGGACAAACCCAUAGAUUUGAUUUCUCCUGCCCUGCACUUUAGUUUUGCCCAAACAGCAGCAUCAGAUCUGGUAAAUUCAGGCCUGUGCACUCACAUGCACACUGGUCUUUGUGUGUGGAAGGAAUAAAGCCAGUUAUGCUGCAAAGGAA